GCUAAGUGGGAACUAUUUUCUAGUUCAGUGUCCAGUAAUCGCCUCUCCUCCCUCGUCCCUGCAUGAUGGUCCUCAAGACGGUGCUGGUGGCCGCCAGCCUCCUGGCCUGUGCUGCUCUAACCAACGCUUGGCCGUGUCCAGAUCCAGCAGCCAUUGCUCCCUGCAUCUGUACUGAAACAGAUAUUCAUAUUGAUAUGGACUGUUCGGCAGUGCAGAGUGAUACUCAGCUCUAUGAAGCCUUCCGCAAUGAUCCUUUUGAAACGUACCGAAGACUAACUAUUGUUAAGAACACUACAGAGGCGCGAGUUCCUAUCACUAGGCUCACUGUAGAUACCUUCGCAAACGUCACUUUUUCCUACAUUCGUAUCAGUCAUACAACUCUAAAUGAUAUUACGUCUGACGCUUUUCUGAACUCAUACGCCCGUCUGGAGACCGUGAUCGUCACAGACGGCUACCUGACCACGUUCCCGUUUGACAUGCUGGCAGACUGUCCAAAACUGACGGACCUCCGAGUCUUCAGGAACAAGAUCACCCACAUGGCAGACAUCCACUCGGACAGCCUGACGUACCUACAGGCCUCGUAUAACCCUAACAUGAAGUUUGGAGACGCGGCCUUCGAGGACGCCCCGGCCUUGGAGUAUCUCAUACUGAACGACAUUGGUCUCGAUCACGUGGCAGAAGACACAUUCAUCAACCAGAAAGCUUUGAAAUAUCUUGACCUCGGCCAUAACUUAAUUCACACUCUCUAUUCUGGUGCAUUUACGUUCUACGAGACCCUCGAUCAACUUAAACUCGAAUCCAACCGAAUAGGGUCUGUCCAAGACAACGCAAUAUCAGGACUGAAGGCGGGAACGUUCCUGUGGAUACAUCGCAACCGCCUGGAUGACACUCCGGAAUCAGCAUGGAGACCGGUGUUCGACUCUGUCAAUGCCGACCCCGAUCUCAACCUCUUCGUGUUCGAUGAAAACUUCCUGACCUGCCAGUGUAACAUUCUGUGGCUGGUGGAGAAUGACGAUUAUAUGAACACGCUGGCGAAGGGCGCCUGGUGCUACGACAAUGGUGAGUACGUCGAAGACGUCAAUGUCGCCUUUCUUCAGCAAAACUGUCUGCGCGACUCCUAUGUGCCAUCGCUCCUCUGGUAAACUUGUUAGCAUCAGUCCUUUACCUCAUCCCGCCCAGCUAACACCAGACCGGCUAACACCAAGCCGGCUAACACCAGGCCGGCUAACACCAGGCCGGCUAACACCAGGCCGGCUAACACCAGGCCGGCUAACACCAGGCCGACUAACACCAGGCCGGCUAACACCAGGCCGGCUAACACCAGGCCCGCCAUCACCAGGCCCGCCAUCACCAGGCCCGCCAUCACCAGGCCGGCUAACACAAGUUCUUCCUCCCCGUCACACACUGAAGACAACCCGUGGUGACGCCGGCUGCCCCAGAGAGAAGAGUACGGGACUGUCGACGCCGCUCCAACACAUUAAUAAUAAUUUCAGGAAAUGUCCCACAAUGUGGUAGUAAAUUGUAGUGAUUUGCUUUAGAAAAUAGAUGUUUUAAAGAUACA